UCCUGUGUUACCGCCCUUGGGGUGAGAUAGAAAGUGAGUAGCAGUGAAGCCUUCGUAUUCAUUGGAGCAGUACAGUAAGUAACUAGCUACUGUCAUUUGAUAGCUUGCGCCUUCUGGAGUGAACUGAAGACGUGUGGAUUGAAUUUGCCCAGUCGCUGUAGAUUCAGCAGACUACCUGCCCCUAGGCGUGACACUUGGACCCAGAGGGACACAGACAGACACCCCGGUCUGCAGUUGGUGUAGCAGAGAGAGAACAUGGCAUUGUCGUUUAAGAAAGACCUGGAGAAGUACAAGGAGAUUGACGAGGAUGAGAUCCUUAACAACCUGUCAGAGCAGGAACUCAAACAACUGGAGACUGCCCUGGAGGAGAUGGACCCAGAGAAUGCAUUGCUGCCAGCGUCGAUGCGUCAGAAGGACCACACAGUGAAAGCAGCCACCGGCCCCUACAGCAGAGAGAAACUACUCAGUUUUCUGGAGAAGGAGGCCCUGGAGUAUAAAGACAGAGAUGAUGUGGUGUCUUUCUCUGGAGAGAGGAAAGGUAGGAGGCCCUGGAGUAUAAAGACAGAGAUGAUGUGGUGUCUUUCUCUGGAGAGAGGAAAG